UUGUAAUUGACCCGGAAGAGAAACAUUUAAACAAAAUGUUGUCCGCUUGUCUGUAACGUUACGUAUGGUUCCGUCUGAACAGGGGCCACUGGUGCCCCCCUUCAAGACACAAGAUGGAGCCUCGUCACGGGAUUAUGAAAGCCUUUCCCAAAGUUAAAAGAGCGAAAGUGUUACUGGGAAAGGAUGCACCUCCAGUAAAGAAGAAGCUUGAAGAAUGUGAUGUCUCAGGAAGCAUUUUUAAUGGUGUUACAGUGUACAUCCUGCCUGCUGGAAUAGGAACUGCCAGAUGCCAGAUCUUUCAAAGACAAAUUCAGCAGAAUGGAGGACAGACGGAGAGUUCACUGUGUCCCAGUGUCAGUCAUGUUGUUGUGGAUGACAACAUGAACAGGGUCAGGGCUCUGCGCUUACUGAAAGUGGAUUGUAUGCCCUCUGGAGUCCAACUGGUGAAAUGCAUUUGGUUGAGCUUGUGUAUCAGUGAGAAACAACUGCUGGAUGUUGACAGCUACAGCCUUAUUUCACCCAAGAGGGAAUCUGAAACCAAACAUGACAAUAUUAAAGAAGAGUUAUCGAAUGUAAAGCCUACUGCAGAAGCUAUUGCAGAACCAGUGUCUGAUCAGACCAGGCAAGAGGAGACCAUAGACAUGACAGUCUCUGACACUAAAGAGGAAGUGCGAGGAGACGAAGACGGGGUCUCACAGACUGACCUGGAAGCUCUCAUCACUGGUCAGCACCCCAAAGAGGAGACUCCUGGCCCCAGCCUAGACCCUGGUUCAGACUCUGCUGCUCAGAAGGCUGUCUCAGGGAAGUGGGUCUGUGCCCACUCCUCUCAGUCCAAAAGUAAUAACUUCAACAAACACAUCACAGACAAACUAGAAGUGCUGGCCAAGGCCUACACACACCAGGGGGACAGGUGGAGGGCGCUGGGCUACUCCAAGGCUGUCAACGCACUAAAGAGUUACCACAAGCCUAUUACAUCAUAUCAGGAAGCUUGUCAGAUCCCAGGAAUUGGAAAACGCAUGGCUGACAAAAUUGAUGAGAUCAUGGAGAGCGGUCACCUGCGGAAGCUAGACCACCUCGGGGAGGCUGUGCCAGUGUUGGAGCUUUUUACUAACAUCUGGGGUGCAGGAGCUAAAACUGCACAGCUGUGGUACCAACAGGGAUUUCGCACAUUGGAGGACAUCCGCACAAAAGCCCACCUGAGCAACACUCAGAAAAUAGGACUCAAGCACUACGAUGACUUUCUAGACCGAAUGCCCAGAGAAGAAGCAGCAGCCAUAGAGAAAGUGGUGAGGGAUGCCGUCCAGGCCAUAGACCCAGGCCUGGUGGCGAUGGCGUGUGGCUCCUACCGUCGGGGAAAGGCCACAUGUGGAGAUGUGGACAUACUUAUAUCUCAUCCUGAUGGCAAGUCCCACAAGGGGGUUUUCAGCAAAGUUUUACAGAGCCUUCAUGACAGUGGGUUUUUGACAGACGACCUGGUGAGUCACGAGGAGAACGGAGAGCAGAAGAAAUACAUGGGUGUGUGCCAUUUGCCAGGACCCGGCCACCGCCACCGCAGGCUUGACAUCAUCGUAGUGCCCUAUAAUGAGUUUGCCUGUGCGCUCAUGUAUUUCACCGGGUCGGCACACUUUAACCGCUCAAUGAGAGCCCUGGCAAAGACAAAAAAAAUGAGCUUAUCGGAGCACUCGCUAAACAAAGAUGUGGUGCGCCAGGGUAGCUUGAAGGUGUAUAGUGGCACUUCAUUUGCUACACCGACAGAGAAGGAUGUUUUUAGUCUUUUAGGCAUACCAUACAGACAACCUCAUGAAAGGGACUGGUGAAGAUUUGCCAAUCACCAAGCCAGUCGCAAUGACUAAAAUCAUGAUAAUAAAUGAUGAAUUAUAACAAUGGUUACUGCAAUUGUGCUCAACCAAUUUUAAAGAUGUUUUACUGCUCUACAGAUCAUUCAAGAGCCCUGUGUGACUUGAAUGUUAAUUUAAUUCUACAGAUUAAAGGGUUGAGUUCACUCAAAUAUCCAAAAAGACAUAUUUUUCUUACGUAAUUGUUGAUGGGGUAUGUGCUGAGGUUUUGAGAUGUCCACCUCUGAAACUCCUGCUGCCACCCCAAUACAACACAAUGAAUGGGAUUUUGUUAUAGGGUCCAGAGCCUUUGUUUAUUUUGAAGGGAUAGUUUACGUUUCUUCAGCAGACGCCAGUUGGAUUAAGAUAAAGAACAUUGUUAAAAGAUAAAUUGCUCGUUAUACAAGGCUGGCAGCAAAAGUUUCAAGGGAGAAUAUUUUAACACCUUAACAGGUUAAUCCAAAACUAUGUACAGGGCUGGAUGCCACUAGAGGUAAAUGGAAAUAUAUGUGAUUUUGUAAGUUGAGUGAACUGGCCCUUUUAAAUAAAUUUUAAGAUGGGUAAUGCUUGAUGCUGUAUAUUUUAUGAAAGAUGAGUAAUGGUAAUAAAACAUAUCAAAGGGUAA